AUGGAUUCAGCCUCAAUCCCAAAGCUUCCAGGUCAUCAAUUCCGAGACCCAACCAAAACGAAUUUCCACCGUCACCAGAUGUUCACAGUCCGUGAUGGCCACAUGACUGAAAGUACAAAAUUUCAUCAAGAAAGUGCCACUCCUGACCUUGUAUCAGAGCUCCGUAAGACACUAACUCUCAUGAAUUAUCCUUCCCAAGCUCGGUCUAAAACUCCUGACAACUAUGCAAUCCCCCGCAACCCUCCAGCUUGGCUUAAGCACGAUCGUCAAGUCUUGCGUUUUUAUGGCUAUUUCCAAGAGGCAGUUCAUGAAGGGUGCAGGUCAAAUGACAUUGUCUUUUUGAUAGUGUCCAUUUCACCGAAAAUUUUUUGGCUGAAAAUUGGUUGAAAAUUUUUGAUAGAGAGAGACAUUUAACCAAAAAAAACGUUAAUUUUCGGGUAAAUGCGCAAUAUUAAAAAUUUUUUCCCAAAUGUAUUUCGAUGAAAUGCACCUUGUCAAAAAUCCACUGUCAUUUGACAUUAGCCGUUCAUGAAAGCUCAACUGAAAAUUUUCGUGUCAGAAAAUGCGUCAUCAUGCAUUAUUUAGACGACGAAACUACAUUUAUUACAGAGCCUAAAGUUGAAAACAGUGGGAUUCCUCAAGGAGUUUUUGUGAAAAAGCAUAGGAUUCCUAGGAGUGAUGGGGUUUAUUACUCAUGGAGAGAUUUUAGAUUAAGGCAAAAUGCUACUAUGUAUGGACGAGUUUUCAGGAUUUUAGACUGUGAUGAGUUUACUAGGAAUUUUUACGCUGAGCAAGGGGUAGAUCUUGGGGAAGCUGAAAACUAUCCUGAGGACAGGUUUGACGUAACAAGAUUAAUGGUGAAUUUUAAGCAACCGCCACCAGAUACCAUGGACGUAAAAGAAUAUAAUGAAGUAAAGCUUGGAGGAGGACAUCCUAAUAAAAAGCUGAGAAGUUUCAUAGAAAAUGAUAGAAAAGUGCUUUCAUUUGAUGUGAUGUGGAAUGAUACCUCGUAUGAUGGAGGAUUGAAGUUUUAUAGGAUGAAUUAUUAUUUAUAUGAUGAUACAAUGGAAAUUAAGGAGCUUAAGCAGGUGAACACUGGAAAUGAAACUUUUCCGAUGCUAUUGAGAAGGAUGAAAGUUCCCAAGACACCGAUUUUGACCCCAUGUCCAGCGCUAGCGCUGAGGAGUGAAGAUCAUUAUACUCCUAACGAUUUAAUUUGUGGUAACAGUAUAACUGUAUAUGGAAAAGAUUUACUCAUUUUUGAUUGUGAUGAGUUCACCAAAAAAUGGUAUUUAGAAGAACUCAACAUAGAAGUAAAGCCAAUUCAAAUACAAAGACCAAAAGGAUUUAUCCUUCCUAACCCUAUUCCUCCUCACAAUGGCUUUGGCAGCGAAGAAGACUCAAUAGGAAAUGUUCUGAAGCUCUUACCAAAUGCUCCAAAAGUUGACAUGUACAAAGCUUUUGAUAAUGACCAACACGUGCUCAGAUUUGAAGCAAAACUUGUCAGUUCAAAUCCAGAAGAUGAGCUCGGGAAAUUUAUUGUCUUAUUUUUCCCUGGUGAUGAUACUAUAAAAGUUUUCGAAGUCGUUGACCGAAACUCAGGAGUCGUUGGAGGCAAAUUUUUGGAACGAAGAAAAUUCAAAAAUCCAUACAGUCAAGAAUAUUAUCAACACAAAGACUGUAUGAUUGGAAAUACACUGAUUUUGCAAAGCUACAGAUUUUUCCUUACCAAGUGUGAUGAAUACACUCACAAUUACAUGGAAGAAAGACCUAAUGAUUUUCCUCAAGCCUCUUAUCCACAAAUAUUGAAAAAGAUUAUGAGAUAUUCAAAAUCAUAUGGCUCAGCACAAACGUUUUUGAUCGAAAUGCUGAAAAAUAUUGACCCUAAGCUAGGGAAAGAAAUAGAAUAUAAGCACUUUUUGGAUGCUAUUGAAGGCCUUGGAGUUAAACUUACAUUUCAAGAAGAAGCAUCUCUGUUGAGAAAAUGGCAGAAAAAGGACAAUUUUAUUAUCAAUAUUGAAGAGGCUUAUAAUGCUUUGCUUAAUGCUUAA